GGAUGGUUACGGUUCUUGUCCCAUGAGAUGUACGUUGUGAUUAGCAGCUACUUCAGCCACCAGUAUCUGUGCUUGAACCACAACGGGACGCUUUACCUGACGGUGAGUGCCCUCUAACGUUCUCAUGUGCGGGGUGCUCAGCAAUCGGUUGUAAGGAAAGUCAGGUGGUCAGACACACACACGCAAGUAAUAGAACUGGGUCAGUUAAGAGGAUUAUGGGACGGUAGUAAGCGAAUAACAUAAACACAGAGACAUACUGUGAUUAGAAAAAAGCCCCAUGGUGUAUGGGUGGCAGUCCUAGGGGUAGCACCUCUGAUUGGGUGGCAGUCCUAGGUUAGCACCUGUGAUUUAGUGGCAGUCCUAGGGUACCACCUGUGAUUGGGUGGCAGUCGUAGGGGUAGCACCUCUGAUUGGGCGGUAGUCCUAUGGGUAGCACCUAUGAUUGGGUGGCAGUCGUAGGGGUAGCACCUCUGAUUGGGCGGUAGUCCUAUGGGUAGCACCUAUGAUUGGGUGGCAGUCGUAGGGGUAGCACCUCUGAUUGGGCGUAAGUCGUUUCCCUUUGGGUUAGCUCAUCAAUAUUUAUUCGACACAUGAUUCUCAGAUAGCACCUUUGUUUCUUUGGGUUUUUUUUUUUUUUUUUUUUAAAACAUAUGUCCAUUAUCGAGCAGCAAUUCUUCUACAAUUUGUAUUCUGCUAUUCUUCCACUUUUUUUCCCAUCUCUUCUAUACAGAAAAAAUUUUUUUUUUCUUUUUUUUUUUUUUUUUUUCCUUUUUUUUUUUGGGUUUUUUUUUUUUUUUUUUUUAAACAUAUGUCCAUUAUCGAGCAGCAAUUCUUCUACAAUUUGUAUUCUGCUACUCAUCCACAUUUUUUCCCAUCUCUGCUAUACAGAAAAACGUCAGCCCCGAAUGUUACCUGAAGGAGUCCACCCUCGACGUUGAGGGCUCCGCAUCUCAGACCUACGAGUUCAUCUACUACAAACAUCUCCCAAAGCGCUACCUAAGCAUAGACUGUGACGUCGAGACGAGCAACGACACCAGCGCGGACUCGGUCCGAUUCAACUACGACGAGAAUUCGGAGAUGCACCCGGGGACUCCAACGACUUGCGAGUCCGAAAGAAAAAAAGAAGAAGCCAAGCAAAAAGAAGAAGCCAAGCGGAAAGCUUUGAAAACGCGCAAGAUGCUGAAGGCGCGCAAGAUGCUGAAGGCGCGUUGGUGCUGGAAUCUAAAUCGCAUGGAGAAGAAAAAAGACGCAUACAUCAACAACUGCACGGCGAAGUAUUGCCCCAAAGAGCGCCGCGAUAAGUGUGUGUGUGACAUCUUGAAGAAUAUGUUGAACAAUACCAGGAGGGCGAAGCGGAAAUGUCUGAUCGCCAAAGUGCGCUCGUGGGUCAGGAAGCAAAAACUGACCCCCAACGAAGACCUGAUCAAAGAGGUCGCCAAGCGACUCUUGCCGGGCUAUCACGGCAUCUCCAAGCGGAUGCAGAAUCUCGCAAAGCAGAAACGGCGGAAGAGCAGCCAGUCGGCGGGCGAGAAACCAAGAUCCCGAACCAAUCGCACGAGGACCGCCAACAGACCAAUCAAAAUCAAGCCAUUGCUGGAAAAAAUAUUUAAAAAUGAACUCAAAGACUUUAAACAGACGGGGGCCAGUGUGAGCCCUCUAUCCAAAGCCUUCGCCGAUGAAAUAGACAAAUUAAUUAGGCCAAGCCCGCGACACAGACGGAGGCACCACGGGAGCAGGGGAAGUUCUAAAUCAAGGGGACGAAGAGCGCGGAGAUCCAUAAAAAUGAACUCCUUUCUUUUCAAAGGAAAUAUAACAAACUCUGACAAAUCUAGGUCAUCGUCCCCGGGCUAAGGCCACGACCAUGAACUCUAGGUCAGUAAACUGUCAGGAUUACCUACCUUGAACAAAUUACCUCAUCUGUAUAAACAAGCAAAGCUGUAAACGCUCCUCUACUUGGUUGAAAGAAAAAAAAAUGAUCACGAAAUGCUUGUCCUGGAGCAAUCUGGAGGUUGUUUAUAGUAUUGUCCUUCACAAAGUCGCAUCCCUGCUAUUUCAUCCAUGCCUCGUCAUGUCACUCGGGAACAUGGUGCUUUUCAAGAAACCAACUGCUUUUCGGGGCCCCCCUCUCCACACAUGAGCGUGGUUUUUGGUGGCUCUCCCCCCCCCCUCCCCACACUAGCUUGUGUCACCCGAAAACCUGGUGCUGGCCGUCAUCGACCUGGUCGUGUACAUUUCUGUGCAGUGCGAGAGAACGUUAGGACGAGGUCUGUGGCUCAAACAAACGGGAAUAUAGAAUUUUUAAUGAUGAGAACAUGUGAGCCAGAGGAUCAAACUACGUUGUGCCCCGAAGCCGGAGGUCGAAGCAAGAGGCAACUCUGACUGAUGGAUACCUCGUAUGCGGUCAGCAAAGGGGGAAGGGUGUUUGUCUCAUUAGUGACCACACAAAAAAAAAAAAGAUGAGAUAUGUUUCUAUCCUACAAACUGACAAGCUCCUCCUACCAACUGAGGCGACCACUGCAGUAUUCGUAUGUCCUUGGUGGCUGUGGUUAGGACACAUGGCAUCGCACUUCGGCUUGACUCUUGUUUUAAACAAGAUUUGUCCUUGACCUAUAGAGCCAUAACGGGGGCACUAGAAUGUGGGUCUCAUUUAGUCGAUUUUUGUUUGUUUUGUAUGUGAACAAGUUCAAAAGAGCUUACAGCGGAACAAGUUGGAUGGAGAUUAUUAGCUUGCAAGAGACACUGUCAGCAUACACCGAAGCUACACUCGAGAUGAUGUAAUUUCGGCCAGCUGUGAAUAUAUUGAGGCUACCUACGAAUUUUGUUGUAGCUACUCACGAAUGUACCAACGCCACUGAUGGGGUAGUGUUUGCCACUCUCCUGUUUGAAAAGUUAAGAUUUCUUCAGCUUGACUCAAUUGUGUAGACAUUAAUUAUACUAUUUUCCAUUGAACCAUUGGUGUGAACACGAUAUAUAUAUAGUUUGAAUUUUUUUUUAGUCAAGUAUAGGUUCCUAUAUAUGCAUAUCUAUAUAUAAAUGCAAGCAAAAAAAUUUGAAUUUUUAAAACACCUUUCUUCCCCUUCAUUCUUUAAGUUUAUAUUUAAUAUAAAAAAUAUUCAUAAGAAGUGACCAUAAAUACCAACUCAUAAAAAUUGUAAAACAUUUUCUUUCAAAUAGUUAUGUUUUUCACCCUUCAAUUUUACCCAUCAUACAUUAGCCUUCACAGAUAUACACGCACACACAUUUACUUAGAUAUCAUAGAAGGGUGUAUAGAUAUACUAGAAUGAGCUGAUACUGAUGUAUAACAAAUAAUAAUCUAUGAAACACAGUACCAAACUAUAUUUGUUUCUUAGCAUGGCUUUUUGCUAGAUGUGAUUUGCUAAUGGGGCGACUUUAAACAUAUCAUACGGUAGAUGAUGGCUGAGCCUUGCUGUGCCUAUGUAUUGUAUUUAUUCCGAAGACCACAUUAACGCUAUCACAAGGAGGGCAGGUCAAAUAUUAGAAGCCACUUGGUCCCCAACUGUCCUAAGGAAUGCAGGUUAGCUUUUAGAAAUUUACCCCCCCCCCCGAGUCCUCC